AUUUCUAAUCAGGUCCAGGUAAAAUGGGAGGUAAAAGGAAACGCUUUAUUAGUUGGGCUAAAGAAGAAAAGCAACUUCUUAAAAAUAUACUACAACCAUAUUUACCAAUAAUUGAGAACAAGGAUUUAAGCUCGAAGCAUAAGGAUAAAAUUAACGCCUGGAACGAUAUAACAAAAAAAUUUAAUCAAGCAAAUCUCAGGUCAAGAAACAAAACACAAUUGGCAAACCACUGGAAGCUCAAUAAAUUUGAUAUGAAAAAAGAAAAGUCGUCUUAUCGGCGUGAAGAAUCAAAAACUGAAGGUGGACCAAAGCCACCAUCACCUCCAGAUACAAUGAAUGUGGCAGAAUGUGUGAUCUUAUCACAAGAUGAAGAAUGCAGUUUUGUUGGAUUUUUUUCUGAUAGUGACGAGGACAUUACAAAUAACAUUGUUUCCGAAGCCAAUGAUAUCCCCAAAGAUAAUGAAGCAAACCAGGACAUUACAAAUAACAUUGUUUCCGAAGCCAAUGAUAUCCCCAAAGAUAAUGAAGCCAACCAGAAUAAUCCUAUAACACCAGUUAAAAGUCCUUUAAGAACUCCAAAAAAGAAAACUCCAACUACGAGGAAAACACUGGACAUUACAAAUAACAUUGUUUCCGAAGCCAAUGAUAUCCCCAAAGAUAAUGAAGCCAACCAGGAUAAUCCUAUAACACCAGUUAAAAGUCCUUUAAGAACUCCAAAAAAGAAAACUCCAACUACGAGGAAAACACUGUUACAGAAAGCCAGUAGUAAUUUUAGUGGAGAAGCCUCAUGUGCAGAUAUGUAUAGGUUUUGGGCUACACAAAAUGAGCGCUCCCAAAAAGAACACGAACUUAAACUUAAGAAUAUGGCCGAAAAGCAUAGCCAACUAAUGAUAAACUUAAAGUUACAAUCCCUAAUGUUCAUGAAGACAUUAGAAAAACUUAAAAAUAAAUAGGUUAAUGGAAUAAAAAUGUU